CCCAUCGUUUAAAAACCCCUAAACCCUCAAGUCUCUCUUCACUCAACGCUUCUUACAUUGUCAUGCGAAAAUGAUUUCUCGUGGAUACGCAACGGACACUCAGUCGAAAUCCUCCGAUAUCGCCGCCGCCGUACUCGCCGCCUCGUCGCCGCUGCAGAUCCUCGCUGCGUGCGACGCCGUUGAGUUGUUUCUACACAAGCAUACAGCUGACCAGACCCGAUGGUUCUUCUCCAUCACUUUCCCAACCCUAAUUUGUAAAAUUUUCGGCUUCGAUGAAUCUUCUUCUGCUUCAGUUGCUGUCAAGUCUAUGUCUCCUUCUGGAUGGAUAGAUAUCGCCGCUUUAUCCAAUGAUUCUCAGCUCGCAGGUAGAAUUUUCAGCUUAUUAUCGCCCACUGGUGUGUUGCUAUCUUCUAUUGUGGCUGCGGAUGGGUUGUCUCUGGUUAAAUAUGUAUUUCCUGUAGAAAGGUUACCCGAAUGGGUUCGUUAUAUGCUUCAAAAUGAGAGAGAUUCUUUGGUUUUGUCUGACUUAUGCCCGUUGUUCAAAAAUAGGUUGAAGGAGGACUCAGUUAAGGGUUCUUCAUUUCAGGUUCAGUUGAAUGUGUUUGAAUAUUACAUGUUCUGGUUUGUCUAUUACCCUGUUUGUCGAGGUAACAGUGAGGGCCCUCAAACUGUAAGUGUUAGGAGAAGCAGAAGGUUUAGAUUGGAGAAUUGGGCUUAUUCGAUUCCAGGUUUGUCAAGCACCAAACGUGGGAUGGAGCAGAACAAUGACGGCGAUUUGUAUAUGCGUCUCUUGUAUGCAUAUCUCCGUGCAUAUGUGCCUGUAGCUGAUAUGAAGGCACAUCAACCAUAUAGGAGCUCACUGCUUCACUACUCUUUUUCCUAUGGGACUCCAAUUGUUGAAAAAGCAGAGUUCUUGGUGAACACUCUCAUACAUUUUUGGUUAGUUGAUAAUGAUUUCUCACCAUUGCCUGUGAAUUUGUGCAAAUCGUUUGGUAUGACAUUCCCUUUCCGGUCAGUACUGGGUGAGAUUCCUCCUACUUCAGGAUUAGGUGAAGUAGUAAAUGUGUUUGUCAAAUAUCUGAAUCUAAGUCCGAUCGCAUCAAGUGAUAGAACUGACCAGGUUGACUACACUGAAAGUCCUAAGUGGAAGGUUGGGGGGACAUUCAAUGCUUCUCAGUCAAGAAAUGCUGUUCCCUUUGUGGAUUCUGGUAAUUCUUGGAACUCGUGGAUUCAGAGGCCAUUGUACAGAUUUAUAUUGAGGACAUUCCUGUAUUGUCCAAUGGAAAGUUCUAUUAAGAAUGCAUCUCAGGUGUUCACCUUGUGGGUUAGUUACCUGGAGCCCUGGUCUAUUUCUAUGGAAGAAUUUGCAAAACUUGAUUCAGAUCUGGGGAAGUCUAAUAGAGGGACAUUAAAGGAGGUUACCCCAUCAAUGCCACAUGGUUAUACCUCUUCUUGGCAAGAUUUUGUAUUAGCUAACUACUUAUACUACAGCUCUUUGGUCAUGCAUUUUAUUGGUUUUGCCCACAAGUUUCUUCACACAGAUCCAGAAGUGAUAGUCAAGAUGGUUUCAAAGGUCUGUUCCAUUUUCAAAUCUUUCCUUUUGUUGGUUACUAUUGUAGAGAGGCUUCUGGUGCAUAUCACUUGGGUGUUUGUUGCAAUAAUGAGCGAUUUACGACUCUUCAGUGAUGGUGAAGAUGGUGGACAAAAGUUGCUUCAGCUGUUUGUAUUGCGAGCAGAAUCUGAACUGCAAUCAAUUGGCGGAGAAAAUCUUUCUCAAAACCUCCAGGGUUUGGAUAGACUGAAAUCCGAGCUGUGCCAGUUAUUUGGUGGCCCUAUUAUGAAUCCCUUGAGUACUCCAGAGACUGUACAAUGUGAGUACAUGCGGGAUGAAAUCUUUAAGCCCAGGAGUUUUGCAAAUAGAGCAAUGGUCGAUAUUAAAUACAAGGGUGAUUGGAUGAAGCGGCCCAUCUCAGACGAUGAAAUUGGGUGGCUGGCAAAGGUGCUUGUAAAGUUAUCAGGCUGGUUAAACGAGAGUCUUGGGUUGGGUCAAGUCGAGAGCAGCCAAGAGAGUCCUUCUUGGUCAUAUGUUGACGUGUCCAGUGAUGCAAGGAGUGUGUGCGGACCCAUGGAAGUGAUUAAAGUUGUGUUGUGCUCUUUCAUUUCCUGGCUUCUUAUGUUACGUGGAGCUGGUGUGAGGUUCAUGAGAGAGCAUGGUGUCAGGGUGAAUCUCAGGGUCUUAGCAUCAAAGAAGGUGGUAGUGGUGUUGCUUGUCAUUGCUGCUUUCAGUCUACUCAGGAGAGCUUUUUUCGGAGUUGGGUAAUGUUUACAUGGGAGAUCAAGCAACAUAUCAGAAUGAACUCCUCAAAUAUAGGUCUAGGACUGAACCAAAAAAGAACAGAAAUACUCGGAGAGUGUGUGAUAGAGAGAAAGAGAGAAAAAAGAAAGGAAACAAAGAAAAAGCCUGCUUGCAAGGUUUCGUUUUGUUCUGUUUGUAAAUGGACUUAUCUUGUGCAGGAUGGAGAAUUUAUAUAGCAACUUGUUUGUUUGUAGCCUUCAGUCCUUCCACUUGUUUAAAUAUUGUUCUUUCUCCUAGCUGAAGCAGUAAGCUUUCUUGUGCCUUGUGAAGUAAAGUGCAC